AUGCAGAAAGCUCUCCUCGUGGCCCUGGUGGCCACGGUGGACGCCGCAUUCACUUUCACCGCCGACGACAUAGAGUCUGAGGAGGCUCUCUGGGAGCUGUUUGGGCGCUGGGCUGCGUACCACGAGGUGGUGCGCGAGCCCGGCCGGUUCGCGGCGCUCAAGGCCAACGUCCAGUGGCGUUGGUCCAAGCAGCGACACUCUGGGCGCCCGAUGGCACUCAACGUGUUCGGCGACCGAUCGUUCGACGAGCUCGCCCCACAGUCUUGCUUGAAGUGUGCCGCCGACCCCUGUCCCCCGGAUCAGGAGAUGGAGGUCAUCGACCUCGAGCUCAUGGCCGCCAAGCGAGCCGCUGUCAGUCCCGCCACCACGCUCCCCAGCAAGCUGGACUGGAGCAAGGUGGACUGGAGGGAUGAAAAGCCCACUGCAGUCACUGACGUGAAGCGCCAGGGCCAGUGCGGAAGCUGCUGGGCUUUCGCCGCAGCUGGUGCCGUGGAAGGCGCCCACGCCAUCGAGACACAGUCCGCGGCUGUCUCUCUCUCGCCGCAGUAUCUGCUUGACUGCACCUCCGAGUACAUCGACAAGUCCUGCGACUGCUCCGGCGGAAGCAGGGUACAUGCUCUGAAUCUCAUCCAGAAGCUUGGCGGAAUCCCAUUGGACUCGGACUACCCAUACAUGGGGUACCAGUCCCAAUGCGACCAUCACAAGUUCCACUGGUCCGCGACCAUCUUGAAUUGGUGGAGAAUCCAGAGCUUCAACGCGACCGAGUUGAAGCUUGCCGUCUACCUCCAGCCCGUAUCGGUGGGCAUCGGUCUGGACGCCGACUUCUAUCAUUGGGAACCGACUUCCGAUGGCUCCGUGUACUACGGCCCGGGCAGCACCACCGUCUCCCACGCGGUGUUGAUUGUCGGCUACGACAUGGACGACCUCGGCCUCCCAUUCUGGAUCGUGAAGAACUCGUGGGGGGGCGACAAGGGGUACAUAAACAUCAACGCCGAGGUCAACGUCGGCCAAAUUGGCAAUCCCAUAUUUGUCGAUGCUGGUUCCGUGCCAGUGUGA